GUCACACGAUACACAAUUAAAGUGCAGAGGAUUUAUUUGCUCGAAUAGCCGUGUGCUAUAUUAUAGCCUCGAUUGGUUGGCUUUGGACCAUCAGAAACAAGUAUCUGGGCUUUACAGACAGGUGGUGCCUUGGCUGCAUACCCAAGUCUAUGAAUACGGGUGACUGAAGUAUGGAUGACUGGGAUGAUCACCUGGAGCACCAUGAGGUGUUGGAGGAUGGUGAUGACUCCUCAGAUGCCAAUUCUCGACGAGGGGGGAACAAAAGGAAGGUCCUGCGGCGUAAGCGCAUGCAUGAAGAGACACGUCGGGAAACUGCUUUUCACAGCAGUAGCAAAAUUUGUCUGGAGCUGAUCAGAGAAGCCAUGCUGCAUCAUAGAUGGCAGGAGGCAGCUGAGUAUAUGGCAAGCUACCCACAAAUUCUAGUGGUUAGAAGUAAAACCAGACCAGAGCAUGUAGAGCUUAUUUGGAAACUCAGCACUGAGAUCCUUCACCACCAUCCAAAGUCAACGAUGGAGGACAACAACAUCAUCUAUGAACGGAUGAAACAUUCAGGAGUUAAAUAUUACCUCAAAAUCUGCUUGGAGCAUGCCUUUCAUCUGAUGCUUCAUGGCCAGUUUGAAGAUGCAAAGCAGCGUCUGUGCGCAGCUGAAAGCUGGAGAUAUGGGAAGACCUCAGCUGCCCAGUUUCAGAGGACUAAACUGAUCCAGGCUUACAGGAGCCUGCUGGAUUACAUCAUCUGGUCUGAAAAAACCUCAGCGUCCUCCAGCAGCAAUAAUUUUGACUCUGACCACCAAAACAUGCAUUACUGCUUCAGACAAGCCUCUGUGAAUUUUAAAGAGAUUUUGAGAAAUCCAGGUGUCUGGGAUCCUUUCAUCCUGAGUUAUGUUGCGAUGCUGGAGUUCUAUGAUGACCAAACAGAAGCACUGAAUGUCCUGAAUGAGUACGCCUUUGACAGCAGCUUUCCACCCAAUCCCAAUGCCUAUGUGUAUCUGUUCCAGUACCUGAAGCGGCACGAUGCCCCCCAGAAGAAACUGAUUCAAGUGUUGAUGAGCCUUCACAGAUUAGUCCCGAGUCAUGAGUUGAUGUUGGAGUACAGCUCUCUGCUGCUUCAUUCAGAGGAAAAAAUGAACAUUCGGAAAGCUUUAGGAGUUGUCCUCGAAAUGCUUGACUUCGCCUGCUGGAGGAGCAACUUAGACGUGUGGAAGCGUUUACAGGCUAUUAUUCACAAACUACAGAUAGAAGAUCACUGGGAAACAGUAGUCUGUGACGAGAUGGCAUCAAGAAAAGACUGGUGGCCUGCGCUGCACUUUACAAAGUUCCACGCCAGUAGAGACUCCACGGAGAACCAUGAGCUUCUACAAGUGAAAGCAUCGCUGAUCAAAAUCCUUUGUCCAGAUCGAACGCUGAAGUACGGGGCUGAGGAGAAUCGACCUGACUGAGAAACAUAUGAAAACCUCUGGCAAGGUGACCCUUUUGCGGGACAGGGGGGGCUCUUCGUAAAUGUAUAUUUCAUCUGUGUGUUUCAGUAAGACAUGAUUUUGCUUCUCCUCCAUUAAAACAUUUUUUUUUAAUUAAAAAAUUGCAGAAUUGUGCCUUGAGAUUUAUUUUAUCCAACAGGCCGCAUAGCCACUAAGUGGAGCUCUUGUUCUGUGUUUCUUCAUGAGGUUCUUGACCAUCUAUUUACUGGGGCAAAGGUUUUUGUAAAUGUUUCACUGACUGCUCAGUCUCUUUCUGAGUUUUAACUUCUGCAUAGAACUGUGGUUGUAGUAUGAAAAGUGAGUUU